UCGGUGUCCGAUCGGGAUCGGCGGAUCGCGUCGGUGUCAGCUGGUGAAUUCAGCGUGAAUUCCGGACCAAAUGGGACUCGCAUCACCCAGCCUCGCGUCCUCGACGUUUCUGAUGAGCGACGCUCCGUUCGCGCAUCCGACGUAACUGUCAGCAGUCGUGAGAGCGCCGUAUGUCGACCGACUGAUGGGGAACGAAAGGAGUGCCCUGCGCGGCCUCGAGAUCGAAGACAAGGCCGUCGAGGUGACCGACUACUGGAUGCACCACGAUGCGAGCGUGCACGACUCGAGUCCCGAGAAGCGGCUGUCCCUCUUCAUCAGCGAACCGUCCCUGCACUUCACCGCGACGUUCGGGCGGCCGUCACCGUUGGAGCGUGCGGCAAAGAAUUUUAUGUUACAUCGGCAUCCUUGUAUCCUGAAAUACAUUUCCUCGUGGAGCAAAAGUAGCAAGUUUUUUCUCGCAACGGAAGAGGCCCGGCCACUGAUCCAAGUUAUUGAAAAGCAGAAUAUAUUGCAAAUAUGUAUCGGCCUGCACAGCAUCCUGCGUGCUCUGGUAUUCCUGCAUGAGACUGCAUUGGCUUCACACAAUAACGUGUGCAGCAGUUCUAUCUAUGUAACUGCAGAGGGAUAUUGGAAAUUGGGUGGGCUAGAAUGCCUGUGCAAAUUCGCAGACGCGACCCCGACGUAUUACCAGCGCAUAAAGAGCUACAGAUACGAAAAGGCGAUAUCACCAGGCGAAGACACAGCCGACUUAAUUAAAACCGCUAAUCUCACCGCGAUCGAUUCGUACGCAUUCGGGGUAUUAGCGGAGGACAUUCUGAAGAAUUUACAAGAUACAGACGAAGCGCCAAAUUUGUUGGAGUUUAGAGAGUUCUGCAAAAAGAAUCUACAGAAUCCAGAUGCAUGUUUGAGAAAUAGAUUAUUGAAUGUGCUGCAGCAUUCGUUUUUCACUCAUGAGUUUAUAAGGAUACAUGCGUUUCUGGAAGAACUACCACUGAAAACUGACACUGAGAGGGAAGAGUUUUUCACGAAAUUAAGACAACAAUUGCAGAUGUAUCCCGAGGCUGUUGUUGCUGAACAACUAGGCAGAGUACUUCUUUCUAGGAUAGUUUUAUUGGAUAGCACUGCCCAAGUAAAACUUUUACCUUUUAUCUUCAAACCUAAAGAUGAGAAAAACGAUUUGGGGACUAGUCUGUUCACAGUUCCUACUUUCAAAAGUAUCUUAGUACCAAGGCUUUUGCAAAUGUUUUGCAUUCGAGACGUUUCUAUCCGUUUGCUACUGCUAUCCCAUUUCAGUUCGUUCGUUCACGUGUUCGAAGCAGAUGAACUGAAAAAUCAUAUUCUUCCCGAACUGCUCGUUGGAAUAAAGGAUACCAAUGACGAUCUCGUCUGCGCCACAUUAAGGGCGCUGGCUGACAUAGUGCCGAUCUUGGGAGCGGCGACGGUUAUCGGUGGAAACAGGGGGAAGUUAUUCACAGACGGACGGCCGAACAAGAAGAUGACUCGCAGCAAAAAUCUCGAAGAUAUUAGAAAAGCUUUAACGUUCACGCAAGAGAUGCCCGUGUUUGUGAAUAUAGACGAGAGUAACGUGCACCUGGCCGAGAGACCGUCGCCAGACGGCGGUGAGGAUAGGAAAGAGAAGGAAUUUUUAUUCGUCGAAGAAGAGUGCACCUGGUCGGAUUGGGAAACGCAAGAGCCGGUGGGAAACGGCCAUCGUCAUGUAGAGGAAACCGUUCCAGAAGACAAUGUGCAAGUAGAAAUACAAAGUCCUUGCGACGCGGACUCGUCGUCGUCGCCUUUGUCCGAGUUAUCGUCGAGCGCCGAAAAACCCAAGUACACGAAGAAACUAGUACUUUCUGACAUCACCGAGCUUGACAUAAAGAAUUCGAAAGUGAUAAAAUCCCAAAAGGAAGAGUUUGACUUCUUUACAGAUAUGGAGCCCGUAAUACAGAAGACGCAGAUCUUACACGUCCCAGAAGAAGUGCAAUCACCGAAGAGUAUGUUUGACGUAAAGACAUCAGGCGCCACUUUAGAGGAACCUGAUGUUAAUGGCUGGGGUGAGGACCUGAGUGAUUUAAGUAUAGACGACACGUAUGAAUUGGCGCAGCAGUGAACGUGAUAAAAAGAGGAAAACUUGUGUGCAUAAAGAAGCGAACAAAACAAACUUGUAUAGUAAAUGAUACUACUCAACCUGAUUGUAUCCAUUUUUAUUAACGUCCAAUCUAGUAUAUGUGAUCACCAACACCAUGUAUAUUAUUGAAAUAAAUAUUUUUAAUAAAUGUAAAAUAUAUAUAAUAGGUCAAAA